AUCAAGUCGGGUGAAUCUGCAAAUCAUUGAUGUUUUGUUUAGUUGUAGUUGUAGAAAGUCGUCGUCGUCGUCGUCGUCGUAACUCUAAAGCCUCAUGUAAGGAACGCGUCCCACAACGGAUCCAGCUUUAAAUACUCCUCAUAUUUAGCCCUCUCUUCGACCAACCUCCGCGAAGUUUUUCCUUUUUUUUUUUUAUUAAUCUUUCUUCUUCUUUUUCCCCUUUCCUUUUCUCUCUCUCUCUCUUACUAAUCUUUAGGAGUCCUUGGAUUUAUUGGGAAUUUCAUUGCUUUUUUCUCCUUCUUCCCUGUCAUUUGUUGAGGAAACAACAAUCCAAUUCAACAACAUUAACUAAAGCCAUCCAAGAAUCAUUCAACUCGCACCCCAUCACCAUCAUCAUCAUCUGAUCAUAGACGUUUCUGCAAUGUUUCCUUCAAUGCUUAAUUCCUAUAUAUUUGGAAACACAUGUAGAUUGUAGAGUUAUAAAGUCGUCCCCUCCAAAGCCAACAACCUUUUGUCGUCCAGGAAAAAAAAAAUUUUUUAAAAAAUGGGGAGUUAUAAUUAUUACAGGAUGUUUGGAUGUUUUAACCGGAAGUUUAAGAUCAGCGAGACGGAGCCACCCCCGGACGUGAUGAGUGCCUUCCAUAAGUACGCCGGGGGCGGGACCCACAUGACGGCCGACCAGUUUGCCAGGUUCCUGGUGGAAUACCAGGGCGAGGAAGGCUGCACUCUGGCGGAUGCAGAGAGGCUGAUGCACAUUGUCAUCCAGCGUCGUCACCAUUUGACCAAGUAUACUCGCCGGGGACUAGACCUUGAAGAUUUCUUUUAUUUCUUGUUCCAGGAUGAUCUUAAUGGCCCCAUUAAAAUUCAGGUACAUCAUGAUAUGACAGCUCCAUUGCAACAUUAUUUCAUAUAUACAGGUCACAAUUCAUACCUAACUGGAAACCAGUUGAGCAGCGACUGUAGUGAAAUCCCAAUCAUAAAAGCCCUAGAAAGAGGUGUUAGGGGAAUAGAACUAGAUCUGUGGCCCAAUUCUGCAAAAGAUAAUGUGCAUGUUCUUCAUGGAAGGACGCUGACCACUCCAGUGCCACUCAUUAAAUGCUUGAAGUCUAUUAGGGAGCAUGCUUUUGUCAAAUCUCCCUACCCUGUAAUAAUUACUUUGGAGGAUCACCUCACUCCGGACCUUCAGGCUAAAGUUGCAGAGAUGGUAAUUCAAAUUUUUGGAGAAAUGCUGUAUUACCCGGAGUCGGGAUGCUUAGAAGAAUUUCCCUCUCCGGAAGCAUUGAAGCAUCGAAUAAUUCUUUCAACCAAACCACCAAAAGAGUACCUUGAAAUAAAGAAUCAGAAAGAAGGAACUUCUUCACCUGCGGAAAAGGAUUCUUCUGAAGAUGAUUUUUUUAUGAAGGAUACGUUGGAGGGCGACCCAAAGUACGAUAGUGAUCCAGAUGAUGAAGAUGGAGACAUCCAAAACCAAAAAUCAUCCCAACUAGCAGCACCGGAGUACAAGCGUCUCAUUGCUAUUCAUGCUGGGAAGGCAAAACAGGGGUUGAGGCACGCAUUAGUAACUGGGCUGGACAAAGUUAAGCGUCUUAGUUUGACUGAACAAGACCUUGAAAGGGCUGCAUCUUUAUAUGGAACUGAUGUUGUGAGGUUUACACAGAAGAAUAUUCUGAGGGUGUUUCCAAAGGGAACAAGAGUAACCUCGUCCAAUUUUCACCCUUUAGUUGGCUGGACGCAUGGAGCUCAAAUGCUUGCAUUCAAUAUGCAGGGGUAUGGAAAAUCACUUUGGUUGAUGCAUGGGUUGUUCGGAUCUAAUGGAGGUUGCGGUUACGUUAAGAAGCCUGACUUUCUCAUGAAAAGGGGACCGCGGAAUGAGCUAUUUGAUCCUAAAGUAAAAUUGCCAGUUAAGAAAACUUUAAAGGUAAGCGUGUAUUUGGGAGAUGGAUGGCGAUUAGAUUUCAGUCACACACAUUUUGAUUCAUAUUCACCGCCAGACUUCUACACAAAGGUUCAGAUGGUAGGAGUGCCUGCAGAUGAGGCCAAGAAAAAGACGAGGAUAAUAGAGGAUGACUGGGGACCGAUAUGGGAUGAGGAUUUCACAUUCCCAUUGACAGUUCCUGAGUUAGCUUUGCUUCGGAUUGAAAUCCGUGAGCAUGACAUGUCGGAGAAGGAUGAUUUUGGGGGACAGACAUGCUUGCCUGUUUCGGAGUUGAGACCGGGGAUCCGAGCAGUUCCAAUUUACGAUAAGAAAGGAGAGAAACUUAGAUCUGUAAGGCUUCUGAUGCGGUUCCAGUUUAUAUGAACCCUACUGCAUCCUUCAAGCCCGCCCGCGACGCGCUUCUUUUCCAUCCUUAAUGUUGUAGUAGAGUUGGAUUUGCGCGACCAGAUCGUUUGUACAGAGGAGUGCUGCAAUUGCAGUAACAA